CCUGAUCUGGUGAGAAAGCUCCAAAAUUGCACGUUCUUGGGACAGGUGGCCUUGCCUGUCUUCGUCCCUCAGACUGGGAUCCUUAACCCAACACAUGACCUUAGGGCCCCUCAAGAGCCUGGACCUGUGGAGAUAGACUCUCCCUCCACCUGCUUCUCAGGGCUGCAACGUUGCGGCGGAAACACUAAAAGGAGGCCUGAGUUUGAAUCUGCUGGCCCAGGCCCGUGGGCCACCUUACUGGGUUUGGAUCAGAAGGGAAGGUUCGAUGCUAGCCCACUCCCCCAGCUGUCCCAGUCAUGGAAGGGCAGAGCAGAGGGAGCCCAGGCCUUCCGGAGAAGCCCCUCCCUGCCGCCGCCCGUCCCUCUCUGUCCUCACUGGGCGCCGUGUUCAUCCUCCUGAAGUCGGCUCUGGGCGCCGGCCUGCUCAACUUCCCCUGGGCCUUCUACAAGGCAGGAGGCAUGGUGCCCACCUUCCUGGUGGCACUGGUAUCUCUGGUCUUCCUGGUCAGCGGCCUGGUCAUCCUGGGCUAUGCAGCAUCUGUCAGUAGCCAGACCACCUACCAGGGUGUGGUCCGUGAGCUAUGUGGCCCCGCCAUGGGGCAGCUGUGUGAGGCCUGCUUCCUGAUCAACCUGCUCAUGAUCUCUGUGGCCUUCCUCAGAGUGAUCGGGGACCAACUGGAGAAGUUGUGUGACUCCCUCCUGCCUGACACCCCACAGCCCUGGUAUGCAGCCCAGAGUUUCACCCUGCCCCUGAUCUCCGUCCUGGUCAUCUUUCCCCUGUCAGCACUUCGGGAAAUCGCCCUCCAGAAGUACACCAGCAUCCUAGGUACUCUGGCCGCCUGCUACCUUGCUCUGGUCAUCACCGUGCAGUACUACCUGUUGCCCCAGGGCCUCAUACGCCAGUCUGGUCCUUCGCUGAGCCCGUCUCCCUGGACCUCUGUGUUUAGCGUCUUCCCUACCAUCUGCUUUGGAUUUCAGUGUCACGAGGCGGCGGUCUCCAUCUACUGCAGCAUGCGGAAUCAGAGCCUCUCCCACUGGACCCUGGUCUCUGUGCUGUCCUUGCUGGCCUGCUGCCUUGUCUACGCACUGACAGGGGUUUAUGGCUUCCUGACCUUCGGGACCGAUGUUUCUGCCGAUAUCUUAAUGUCCUACCCGGGCAAUGACACGGCCAUCGUCGUAGCACGCAUUCUCUUUGCGGUCUCCAUUGUGACUGUGUACCCCAUUGUGCUGUUCCUGGGGAGGUCUGUGAUGCAGGACUUUUGGAAAAAGAGCCCCUGGGCAGCACGGGGCCCCCCAGUGCUGGCUGAUCCCUCAGGGCCUUGGGUCCGGCUGCCACUGACCUCCCUGUGGGUGGCAGUGACACUCGCCAUGGCUCUGUUCCUUCCGGACCUCAGCGAGAUCAUUAGCAUCAUCGGUGGCAUCAGUUCCUUCUUCAUCUUCAUCUUCCCAGGUUUGUGUCUCAUCUGUGCUGUGGACACGGAGCCCAUGGGACCAAGAGUCAAGUGCUGCCUGGAGGCCUGGGGCAUCCUCUCCGUGCUGGUGGGCACUUUCAUCUUUGGGCAGAGCACAGCUGUGGCUAUGGUGGAGCUGCUCUGAUGUGGACUGACACACUCACACCUGCAUCUGGCCCGAAGACCCCUGGAGGUUCUUGCCGUCCCAAAGGUGCCGCUCUGUCUAUUGAGCUCUGCUCCUCCCACGACUCACGGGACCCUGGUGAGGAAGGACAGACUUCUGUGACAAGUUACUGCCACAUGGUGACUCAGGACAAUAGAAGGCCUUGCUACUGAAAACUGGAGUGUGGGCUAGAGAAUGGUGGGUCAUGCUGCUUCAGAAGGUUCUGGAAUGUUCCUUCCACUGUCCUCCUCUGGUGGUGGCAGGAGCUCCUUAGUGUCCCUGGCUUAUAGAUGUAUCACCGUAGUCACAGGGUCGACACUGGCCCUGUGCGUCCUUUCCCAAGCAGGAUGCCAGCUACCCAGUCUAGGGUAGCCCAUCUCAAGUUAGUGAGAACUUGUCUGCACUGGCUUAUGUCUAAAGAUGUGUGUCUUAGUUACUGUUCUGUUGCUGUGAAGAGACACAUAAUCAAGGCAACUCUUAGAAGAGUUCAUUGGGGGCUCACAGUUUCAGAGGGUUAGAGUCCCUGACCAUCGUGGCAGGGAGCACAGCAGCAGGCAGGGAGCACGGCAGCAGGCAGGGAGCACGGCAGCAGGCAGGCAGGCGUGGUGCUAUAGCAGUAGCUGAGCAUUUGCAUCUUCAUCUGCAAGCACGAGGCAGAGAGUGCGCACUGGAAAUGGUGCAGACUUUUGAAAUCUCAGAGCCCAGUUCCAGCGACACACCUCAUUCAGCAAGACCACACCUCCUAAUCCUUCCCAAACAGUUGAGACCAACCAUUCAAACAUGUGAACCUGUGGGGGCCAUUUUCAUUCAAAUCACCAUAGUCCACUCCCUAGUCCCCAGAGGCAUGUAGCUACGUCGUAAUGCAACAUGCAUUCAGUCCAACUCUGAAAGAUCCCAUUGUUGGAGUCUGACUUAAGGUUAUGUGAGGAUACGAUGCAUCUGAGACACAAGUGUAAGAACUAAUGAUGCUGCCUCUCAGGAAGUAAUUUUGGAAUGCCCACAAAUGUGGGAGGGAACACAGAAACCCUUGUGACCUUCCUCAGUUUCUACAAAAUAGUCAACCAUAUCACCUCAAGAAGUUUUUCUGAAGACAAAUAAUAUUGUCAUGCUUUAUGUAAACCUGAAUAUGCCAGGCUGCGAAGCAGGCCUCUCUGCAACUGCCACCUCCUAACUCUGCUAUCAAAGGAGCUACAAUAAUAAAAUGAGUCUUGUUGU